UCUCCAUUGAACAUCCACACCCACAUCCACGUCAUCAUGGUCGCCGUACGCUUCCUCGCCCUCGCGCUGACCUUCUGGCGCGCCCUGGCCGCCGAAAUCCAGCUUCCCGAAGGCAUUGCGGUCGAGGAGUUUGAAGAAAUCCCAGCCGACCCGGCGAACAAAGCGCAAACGCCCAACCUCAACAUCGACGUCAAAGCCUUCUUCCCCGAUGCCGAGGUGUUCGGCGUGAAGCUGGUCAACGGGCACGCCACCCGCUGCGUCGUCGACAUCACCAACCACGAGCCCCAGCCCAUCUCCCUGCAGUUCAUCCUCGGCUCCCUCCUGACCCCCGCCGGCGCCCCCGGCGCCCCCGACCCGCCCGUCGUCGUGCGCAACCUCACGCAGAGCCGGUAUGGCGUGCAGAUCCCCGCGGGCGCGAGCGAGAGCAUCACCUACAGCUUCGCCACCGAGCUGCACCCGCAGGACUUGACCCUCGCCUUGAUGGCCAUCCUGCAGAGCAGCGAGGGCGGCAUUUACAGCAACAUGUUGUUCAACGAGACCGUGUCCAUUGUCGAGGCGCCGGUGUCCCUGUUCGACCCGCAGAUCAUCUUCCUCUACCUCUUCCUCGCCGCGGCCUUUGGAGGCACGUGCUACUUCAUCUACAACACCUGGAUCACCACCCUCUUCCCCCAGAAGCGUCGUGGCGGCAAGGGCGGCGAGCGAGCCAAGCGCUCCUCCGGCGGCAGCAAGAAGGUCGAUCCCACCGAGCAGGUGGCCGUCGUUGGUGCAGAUGGACCUGCCACCACGACCGGUGCCAAGGCGUACGAUGAGAGCUGGAUCCCUGCUGAGCAUUUGAAGAGGCCCGAGCCCAGGAGGAUGGGAAGUGGCAGGCCCAAGAGCCGGGCUGCGCAGUGAUACCUGAACGGAACUCUCUAGGUGGGAGGGCGGGAAUACCAGCUACUCCCCAACGGUGGUGAUGCAUAGGAGGGACAAAUGUAUAUGACUCUGAGGCAUUACGUGAAGGCGGAAAUGGUGCAAAAAGCGAGCAUUGGAUGGAUGGAUGGAAUGGGAAGCGUAGUUGUGUCGAGUACUUGAUCGGCUGCUUGUCUGCAGAAUAGCCACAUGCAGCAUGUCUGUAGGCCAGAGCACGAGAGAUGAAGCCAAAUGCUUCAUGCACUAUGUCGUGCGUGUACAAGUACCUUACACAGUAGAGAGCAUCGGCCUGAUGAUCGGCAGGCCUUGCCCACUGCCGAAGACAGGCACACAUUAGACUUUACGGCGCCACCCGGUCGCUGCCUCAAGCAGCAUGGUACCUUGCC